AGUAAGUUAAACGCGAUUUCCGCAAGGGUCUGAUUUUUCUAAGGGGGGAGCAUGAUUUGGUGAUAUUAACCCCUUUAGAAAAUUUAACAUGGCAUUUCGAGGAUAACGCAGGUAGCUGAACUUUCCUUCGUACUAAAAUUGUAAAGAAAUGAGCGCGAAAGAAAGAAACGGGGACUGCGAGUGAGCGAGGUACAAGAUCGGAGUUGGAAAGGAAUGGAGUCUUUGAGAUCUCACACUACAGACAUAUUGAUGGAAUUAAAGGAAGAUGAGCUUAAACGCUUUUGGAAGAAGCUGGAUUCAAUUGAACCAAAGCACCAUUGUAAGCAUAUCCCAUUAGGCAAACUGGAACAAGCUGAUAACUCUGUUAACACAGCUGGUGAACUUGCCCAUCUUAUGAUUGGCUACUAUGAAGAAAAAGCUAUCGAUGUUUUAUUAGAUACUUUGGACGAAAUUGGAAGAAAGGACUUGAAGAGGAAAGUUAAAAAUUUUAUGUUUUGUGAAGGUGGAUGCAAGGAGCAUUCAAAAAGAAGGAAAAUUGAUUACAAUAGUCAAUACAGAGAUGAAAUAAAAUACAAGCUGGAAAAAAUAAGAGAAUACAAUAGUCUUCCAGGAGAAAGAGUGGACUUCAAUGCUAGAUACACCAAGCUUACUCUUAUAAAGAAGCAUCAACAGCGACAUGGCAAGGAGAAGGAAUUGAAAGAAAAGGGUAAAAAACACACAAGUCUAAUGGAAAAGCAUAGAAAUAUGAGCAUUGAUGUUGAGAAUCUCUUUUCAGUUGUUGAUGAAAAAGAAGAAGGGAAAAAAGAGCCAAAAACUGUGGUCAUCCAGGGUCCAGCAGGAAUUGGAAAGUCCUUCACUGUACAAAAAAUCAUGCUUGACUGGGCCUGUGGUAAACUAUUCCAUGAACAAUUUCAGUAUGUAUUUCACCUACGAUGCAGAGAACUGAAAAGUAAUAAAAAUGACAGUCUGGAUGACCUGAUUCUCACAUGUUCUGACAGUUUAAAACCUGUCUUACAAGAGAUAAUGUCUGAGCCUGAACACCUCCUGUUCAUUUUUGAUGGGUUUGAUGAACUUAACCUUCCUUCUGGCAAAGCUGAUGAUAGAAAUCAAGAAGAGAUGGCUUCAAGUACAGUGAUAAAAUUGUUGAACAGGAACAUCAUGUCGCAGGCAUCACUGCUAAUUACCACACGACCCACUGCUUUACAAGCGCUUGAUGAAAUAGUAAAAAUUGACCGUUAUUCAGAAAUUGUUGGUUUUUUAGAAGAUGAAAUCAGGGAGUAUUUUAUAAAAAGUUUUCAAGACCAAGACAAGGCACUUAGUGCAUUUAACAUCAUUAAAGGUAAUAAUGUCGUACUUUCAGUGUGCUUUGUUCCUCUUGUCUGUUGGAUCGUUUGUUCAGUCAUGAAAAAGGGCACUGAGUGCGGUGGUGACCUUAUGAAAAAUAUGAAGACAGAUUCUCAAGUUUUAUUACAUUUUAUAAAUAAGUUACUGGAGCAUCAUUGCAGCACAUCUGAAAAGACAGCAUUUAUUGAAAAGGUCUCCAGAUUAGCCUUUGCUGGAAUUAAAGAAGGGAAGCUUGUCUUCACGGACAAAGACUUGAGUAGGUUUUCAAUUAAGUCCUCUGGCAGUGAGUCAACAUUUUUCAGUAAGUUGUUUUACAAGACAGAUAUUGAUGCCAAAGCUGUUUACCAUUUUCUGCAUUUAAGUGUUCAGGAGCUGUUUGCUGCAAUGUAUUUUGCUUUCCACUCAUCAAGUGGGGAAAUUGAUGAACUAUUAAAUGACUGUUUGGAUACUAAUAAUGGUAAUCUCAUCCAUGUGGUGCGCUUUGUCUUUGGUCUCACUAAUGUGAAAUCAAAGGAAAUAUUUGAAGAGUUUCAAAUAUGGUCAUCUGCUGAACUGAAAACAUGUCUGCAAUCCUGGAUACCAAAAGCAGUAGAGUGCUACAGAGACAAAAGCCCCUUCCUCCUCCAACUUUUAUAUUGUUUAUAUGAGAUGCAGGACCCAUACCUGGCUGCUCAUGCAAUGACAAUACUUUCUCAGAUUACACUACGAGAAUGUCCACUAAGUAGCAUUGACUGUGCUGUUAUUAAAUAUUGUAUUGAACAAAGUACUGUAGUAAAAGGGAUUGAUGUGUACAACUGCCACUUGACUGAGGAUGAAGUGAAAAUGUUAUGGGAUAUUCUUCCUAAAUGUCAGUCUGUAAGGCUGAAUGCGGACAAAAUUACUGAAAGCACGUUGAAAUUAAUUUGUGGAACACUUAACUCUCAAACAUACCAAUGGAUAAAGCUAAGUGUUGAAAAAAGUGAAAAUGUGUUCAAUCUAUCUUUUGAAGCAGGGAGCCACGAGAAUGAUUCAAGUAUUUCACUGUCUUGUAUCUGUGAGUCACUUGUGGAGCAGUUUUUGAAGAACACAAUUACAAAAUAUAAACCAACAUCCAUCAGUAUUUCUGGUGAGCUUGGUGAGAGGACAAUAACAUAUUUGAGGAAAAAGCUGAAAAAUGAAAAUUUAAUGCUGAAAUCCCUAAGUAUUGAGGCUACAUUUCUAAAUGACCAGUUAAAUGCAGUUAUCUGCAGCCUAAUAUCAUUGGACAGCAAAGCAACAUGUGUUUCAUGGCGAUUAUGGCACGCUGGUGAAAACAGGAUUACCUUGCAACAUGAAGCCGGUACCUACUUUACUGAAAGAAACUAUUGGCUUAAUGGAUUUGAGGAAGAUUAUGAAGAAAAUGAAAAACUAAAAAGAUAUGAAGAAAAACUUUUACAAGAAGAAAAGUGUUUGCACAGGCUUUCAGUCUCUCACAUUGAUGAAUCAACUCUGAUGUGCAUAUGUGAAUUAAUAAUCCCCAAAUGUAAACCUAUUGACAUUGAAGUAUCUGGUCCAAUGGGUGAAGAAUCACUCAGGCUCAUUCUUGAAAUGUUGAUAGCUGAGGAUUACAAACCUAUGGAUCUCAGACUCCAUGCUCAAGACGAAAAGGAUGUUGAAUUUCAUAUUGACUAUACCAUCAUGUUUGCAAUAACCAAAAUGGAAAGUGGAAGCUGGGAUUUAGUUCAGCAUGAUGAAAUCAACUAUAAACCAGAAGAUCGUCCAUACCAUUCAGAGUUCAGCAUAUACAGCAGUAUUUUCAAUGACACAAGCUUGAUUCACAGUAUCCAGAUACUAGUUCAGAAAUAUAAACCUUGUAUCAUUGACCUGAAAGGUGAACUGGGUGAAAAGACAACCAGAUGCAUAAGUGAUAUCUUAAAAAAUAAAGAAUAUAUUCCCAAACAAGUGAGAAUAUCUAGUAAAAAUAUGACUGAAGCUACAGCAUUAGAACUGUGCAGCAUUUUGUCUGAGGAGCACAAAAUGAAAAAAAUCAACUGGCUAGUGGCUAAAGAAUUUUUUUUUAAUGAUACGUUUGAUACACCAACAGUGGAAUAUUUGAUUAAUCAGUUUCAUACAAGGUUCUCUGUUCAUCAUUUUUCUGAAUGUAACAUGAUAAACGUAUGCAAAAUGAUUAUUCCCAAGUUUAACCUUACAUAUAUUUCUCUGUCUGGAGAUUUUGGUGAAAAAGUAGUAAAAUCUAUUACUGAUAUAUUACAACAUUCAAACUACACCCCCAGAUCUGUAAGCUUGUGCAUGAAUGGCGAAAAUGAAGCUUCACCAGAAACUAUUUUCCAUGUUCUCCCUGUAGACAACCCAAUAAGCAGGGACCUAAGUUUAAGUGGUGAAAAUUGCUCUGAUGUGGAGGUUAUAACUGACAGGACUGAAUCAAGGUUCUCUGUUUAUCAUAUUUCUGAUUGUAACAUGAUAAACGAACACAAAAUGAUUAUUCCCAAGCCUACAUAUAUUUCUCUGUCUGCAGAUUUUGGUGAAAAAGCAGUAAAAUCUAUUACUGAUAUAUUACAACAUUCAAACUACACCCCCAGAUCUGCAAGCUUGUGCAUGAAUGGCGAAAAUGAAGCUUCACCAGUAUCUUUUUUCAGUGUUCUCCCUGUACACAACCCAAUAAGCUUGGACCUAAGUUUAAGUGUUGAAAAUUGCUCUGAUGUGGAAGUUAUAACUGACAGGACUGAAUCAAGGUUGUUAAUCCAUAAUGUUUCUGAAUCCAAAACAUUGACUAUCUGCAGAAUAAUAAUUCCAAAGUGUAAUCCAGCAGUAAUCAGUCUGUCUGGAGAUAUUAACAAAGAAGCAAUAAAUUCUAUUACUGAAAUAAUAAAGGAUGCAAACUACUCUCCUAAAGUACUAAGCAUAUACAGUGGACAUUUGAAUGACACAGCAGUGGAACAUAUCUGCAGCACCCUGUUUGCAGGAAAACAAACAAAUGUAACCUUAAGUUUAUUUCAGAGUGGUGAAAAUAGCAUAACAUAUGAAGUAGAGUUUGAAUCUUCAGAUGAAAUUGAUGGUUUACAACUAAGGUUUUCAAUCGAUUACUCUAAUGUGAUAUGUAACUACCAGCAAAUAAUCUCAAAGUAUAAACCCAAAAACAUCAGUCUGUCAGGUGAUUUUGAUCAAGUGACCGUAGAGAGCAUCAUUAAAAUUCCAGAAGAUUACGGUUACACUCCUGCCUGUCUAAGAUUAGAGAGUGAUGUCCUGAGUGUAAGCAUAGCUGUGGAUAUCUGUGACAUUCUGACUUCACACAUCACACUGAAAAAUGUAAAUUUGGAAUUGUCUUUUUUUGACAUGGAGAUAAAUAGCACGUUAAAAUAUGAAGCUGGAACCUCAAAAUCUAGUCUGUUGUUGUCCGGUGUCUUUGAAGACACUGCAAUGGAAAUCUUCAUGAUGGUAAUCUCUAAAAAUAAACCUGAAGACAUCAACCUGUCUGGUCAGUUUAGUGAAGAGACAGUCACAUUCUUCAUUGAAACACUAAAAAAUGAAGACUACAUACCUAAUAGCAUAAGGAUAAAUAGUGGCAGCAUGAGUAAUUUGUCCACAGAAAAUAUUUGCAGUCUUCUUCUGGCAGAAAACAAAUUCGAAAGUAUGAACUGGGAAAUAUCUAAUCAUGAUGUUGAUGAUUUAUUUGAUUUGUCAGGAAUUACAUUUGAUUAUGAAGCUGAAGGAUCAAAAUUGAGAUUUUCAAUCUGCAGCACAAUUGAGUCUGAAGUGAUGGAAUUCUGCAAACAAAUACUUCCAAAAUAUAAACCCACAGAAAUAGACCUAUCUGAUUCAGUUGGUGAAAAAAUGUUCAAUGUAAUCUAUGAAAUUCUGAAAGCUGCGAAUUAUGCUCCUAGCCACCUAAGGAUGGGCAGUUUUAUCCUAAAUGGCACAUCAAUGUUAAAUAUCUGCACCCUUUUGGCUUCAGACUGUCAAAUGAAAAACAUGAGCUGGGAACUAGCAGAACUUGAAGUUUCUGAUUAUGUGGUUGAUCAUUUAGACAAAAGCUGGAUAUCUCUGAAGUAUGGAGCUGGCAGCUCUGAAGCAAGUUUUUCACUGUCAGGUGUUAAUGAAUGUAGCACAAUAGAAAUUUUAAAAAUUGUCAUCUCAGCUUAUAAACCUGUAAAAAUCAAAUUAUAUCGACCACUUGGGGAAGAGACAAUAAAAGCAAUUAUUGGAUUAUUGAGCAAUGAAGAAUAUACCCCCAAAUUUCUAAGAAUUACAAGUAAGCAUUUGACAAGCGCAUCAGCUGAGAAUAUCAACUCCAUUCUGUCUUCAUAUAGUAAAAUGAAAAUUGUAAGAAAGCCUGAGCCCGAUUGUUUAAACACAAAUGAAUCCUAAACAGAAGACAUCACUUCCUCUUCAAACCAUUCCCUCCGUCAGCACAGAAAUUAAGGAUUUACCCUGCAAACUUGAUAUAAUGAAGUAAUUUUUGGAACUGCAUUAUUCUUUUACCUACCGUAUUCCAACAUGACACAAGUAACAUUUGUUAUGUUCAACUUUAAAGUUUGGAAAAUGAAACAGACCAAUUUGCCUGCUGGGGUAUUGUGACCACUGUAAGUGAAUGCAGAACUAAAGUGAUGAAUAUAUGCUUAGAAUCUGUAAAAUAGGAUCUGUACAAUUUUUUUUUCAAAACCUGGCAGGAUUUAAUCAAUAUUAUUUUAGAAUAAGAGAAAUAACUAUUACUGCAUUUAAUCCCCUUCUCCAUCUCUUAUUUACAUAUAUAUUUAUUUCUCCCUUUCUUUUGUUUAUUGUUGUCUUAUUAAAAAGCCCUAAGCAAUUCUUCUUCGGCUAAGCUCUCCUUCUCAGGGGUGGG